AUGGAUAGUCAGAAGAUUACAGAAAGGAAGACAUUUGGUGAUGGCAAAUCAUUCUUGAAUGGACAACAGAAGAGACCGCUGUCAUCGGCUACAAAGGCGACGUAUAUGUCGUCGUCGGCGGCAGUGUCACAGCAGAAGAAUGUACCGAUUGGUCGUGUCGUCUACGACAUCCUCACACAUCUCAAGUCGCUUGAAGGCGAGCCAGCGACAUUCGAGGAGCUGAUGGCAUCGACACCGCACAGGAUCGAGGGUAACCAGGAGCUGAUCGACAGUCUUCGCGCCAACCCCAAGAUAGAGUUCCUGAACGAUACGACACUGUGCUUCAAGCCGCUGUUUGAUGUCAAGAGCCCAAAGGACAUCAUCGAACUUCUCUCAAAGUACCCGUACGGCAUAACGAUGGGCGAGCUGCGCGAGUCAUACAGACAGAUCGAGCAGGACGUCAACAGGAUGCGCGAUGCCAAGGAGAUCUUCGUCGUCAAGCACAACGAGAAGGCAGACGACCAGAUGUUGUUCUACAAUGACGAGCGCUACAGGAUACCCGUCAGCGCUGAGCUUGUCAACAUGUGGAAGGACAUUGUGAUGCCAAAGGAGGUCGAUCUCGAGUCAACCAUGAAGGAGGCUGGUCUGUCACUGGUCGAGUUUGCAGAGACUGCGCGUACCAUCAAGGCGAAGCAAGUGGAGAAGAAAGAGAAGAAGAGAAGAGUGACCAAGGUGACGAAUGUUCACAUCCAAGACUUUGAUCCUAAUGCCAACUAA